AUCUCCUCAUUACCUGCCCAACACCAAGGAAGGCCCCCGAGGAGACCUCCUGGAUGGCAGAAGUGGCAUUUCUGAUGGGCAGCCCCAUCCUGGCCUCAGCGAAGCCCUCCCCCGUGCCACCUCCACCACCCAUCGGAUCAGCAGCUGGUGAGUGCCACGCUGGCCCUGACCUCAGGAUUGGAAAACUGAGGCCCAGAGACUUUUCCUCAUCUGCUCUGGCCUCCCAGCCCUACCUAUCUCCCACCCAGGAAGGUCAGGGUCACUGGAGCCAUUAGUCGCUCCUGACUCUGCCCCUCCAAGAGGGGAGGAGGUUCAUCCUUUGAGCUGCCCUGCCACAAAGUUGACCUUCACCAAAUUUGGGGGAGAGAUGUGUCUAAAUCGCCACAGUUUGGGGAUGACCAAGACAGAAGCAGCCUGGAGCCCAGGUCAGAGCCUUGGAUCCUCCUCCCUGGGGAAAGCUACUGGGAUGGAGACAGCCUGGACUUUCAGCUGGGCUCCUCACCACCCCAUCUUCUGGGCCCCUUCCCUGCACCCCUUGAUGUUCAGGGGUCUUGGGAGCACCCUAUGGUCCGGGAAGCCAGGGAGGGCACCCCGCCUGAGCAGAGGUUCGAGGACUCAGUUAUUGUGAGGACUAUGAAACCCCAUGCCAAGCUCAAGGGCUCUAGAAAGUUCUUGCACCACCAGGGUGAACUGAAGUUUUUAGAGAAAUACUCUCCAAGCCACCACAAGUUUGAUUGGCUCCAAGAUGCAGAUGAGCAGGAGCCCCUGAAGGAUACAGGGUUGCACCUGGACCUCCCUGCCCAGCCACCAGCUGUCACUUCCUUCAGGAGGGUAAUUGUGCCAGUGGAUGACACUCCCAAGACAUUGGACAUGGAGGUUAUGGGUACCAGAGAGGACCUAGGGGACUUCGGAGGGUUGGCCCAGCCUUCUGAGUGGGGCCUCCACACAUCAGCCUCAGAAGUGGCCACACAGACCUGGACAGUGAACUCUGAGGCAUCUGUGGAGCGUCUGCAGCCCCUGCUGUCCCCGAUCCAGACAGAGCCAUACCUGUGUGAACUGUUACAGGAAGUAGCUGAUGGGGUAGACAGUCAUGAAGAGGAAGAAGAGGAGCCAGCUGUGUUCCCAUGCAUUGAGUGCAGCAUCUACUUCAAGCACAAGGAGCAUCUUCUAGAACACAUGAGCCAGCACCAACGGGCACCAGGCCAGGAGCCCCCCGCUGACCGGGCGCCACUGGCCUGUGGCGAAUGUGGCUGGGCCUUCACAGAGCCUAGUGCCUUGGAGCAGCACUGGCAGCUGCACCAGGCUUCCCGGGAGAAGAUUAUUGAAGAGAUCCAAAAGCUAAAGCGAUUUCCAGGUGACGAGGGCCGUGGGGCACGGCUGCAGUGCCCCAAGUGUGUCUUUGGCACCAAUUCUUCUAGAGCCUUCAUGCAGCAUGCCAAGCUGCAUGUGCGUGAGUCACCGCCCAGCCGGCAAGCCAAGGAAACUUUCAGGGGUGGCAGCCCAGUCGUGAAUGUUAGCACCCUUGUCUAUCCCUCCUAUGGAGCCUCCUCAGACAUCAAUACUUGCGUCUACUGUGGCUUCACAGCACCUAGCAAGAGUCUGCUCAGGGAGCACGUGAGGCUAGUACAUGCCUGUGCCCAUUGGGAGGAGGAGGGUGAGGCCUGUGAGGACCUCAUUAGCCAGCCAGGCACUAGCCAGGAUGCAUACACCCACUUACAUGACACUGCCACCAUGGACUAUUUUGGCAAAUCUGAGCCCCUUUUGGCCUCUGUGUGGCAGGAGAACCCUGCUGGAUAUGACCCCGGCCUAGCGUUUGGCCCAGGCUAUCAGCAGCCAGACAUGAGAGAGUUCCCACUGUUAAAUUCAAGCCAGCAGCCUUUUGGAAAGCUUCCCUUUCCUUCCCCUGGGGCAUCUGCUUCCUAUUCUAUACAGUUCAAUAGAAACAAAAGCACUGUCCACCUGCAGAAAACGCAAGACAGGAGUCAGCCUUGGAGUGAAGAGGAAGAAGAAGAUGAGGAAGAUGUAGUACUGACUUCUGAAAUAGAUUUUCCUCCUGAAAACGGAGCCUUUCCACCUGCAGCCAUCCCUAGCCUCAUCCCUCAAGCAGCCUUGGAGUUGAAGCAGACUUUCCAGGGCGCCCUGCAGGCAGCUGAUGCCUCAGCGACGCAGCAGCAGCAGCUCCAAGAAACUGUACCCAUUGUUCUGCUGGCAAAGCUCAGACCCCAAGUCAUGGCUGCAGCCAGCCGGGCAUCUCCAGAGCUGCCGCCUGACGAGCUGGAGCUGAGAAGCACCCACUCCCUGGACUUCCUGCUCCUAGGCACACCUUUGGGUGGCUCACUGGGUCUGGACACACUCCUAGAAGGGGAUCCGGCCACGGCUCUGAAGCCCGAGGAACGGAAAUGCCCCUACUGUCCUGAUCGCUUCCACAAUGGCAUCGGGCUGGCCAACCACGUCCGGGGCCACCUGAACCGCGUGGGUGUCAGCUACAAUGUUCGGCAUUUCAUCUCUGCAGAGGAGGUGAAGGCCAUUGAGCGCAGGUUUUCCUUCCAGAAGAAAAAGAAAAAAGUGGCCAACUUCGACCCGGGCACCUUUAGUCUGAUGCGAUGUGACUUCUGUGGGGCUGGUUUCGAUACUCGGGCUGGCCUCUCCAGUCAUGCCCGGGCCCACCUGCGUGACUUUGGCAUCACCAACUGGGAGCUCACCAUCUCACCCAUCAACAUCCUACAGGAGCUGCUAGCCACCUCAGCAGCUGAGCUGCCCCCCAGCCCCCUGGCCCGUGAGCCUGGGGGGCCACCUGGAAGCUUCCUGACUUCACGACGGCCACGCUUACCUCUCACCGUGUCCUUCCCACCUACCUGGGCUGAGGACCCUGGGCCACUCUACGGAGAUGGCCUGUGUUCUGAGGAAAACACAAUGGUGGCCAUGGACUUGGGGUCUCCCUUACUCCCAAAGAAGAGCCUGCCUGUCUCUGGGACCCUGGAGCAGGUGGCCAGUCGGCUGAGCAGCAAAGUGGCCGCAGAGGUUCCUCAUGGCAGCAAACAGGAGCUGCCAGACCUCAAGGCCCAGAGCCUGACCACCUGUGAGGUCUGCGGUGCCUGCUUUGAGACACGAAAGGGCCUGUCCAGCCACGCACGUUCACAUCUGCGGCAGCUGGGGGUCGCAGAGUCUGAAAGCAGUGGUGCUCCCAUCGACCUCCUCUACGAGCUGGUGAAGCAGAAGGGCCUGCCUGAUGCUCCCCUUGGGCUGCCCCCUAGCCUGACCAAGAAGUCCAACUCACCAAAGGAGUUGGUUGCUGGGGCUGCCAGGCCUGGCCUACUCACCCUGACCAAACCUAUGGAUGCCCCUCCUGUCAACAAAGCCAUCAAGUCACCUCCUGGCUUCUCAGCCAAGGGCCUGGCCCACCCAUCCAGCUCUCCACUCCUCAAGAAGGCCCCACUGACUCUGGCAGGAUCCCCUACACCCAAGAAUCCUGAGGACAAGAGCCCCCAGCUGUCCCUGAGUCCCCUGCCGACUUCCCCAAAGGCACAGUGGCCCCAGUCUGAGGACGAGGGGCCUCUGAAUCUCACUUUAGAUAGUGACGGGGGCAGAGAGCUGGACUGCCAGCUGUGUGGUGCCUGGUUUGAGACCCGCAAGGGCCUGUCCAGCCACGCCCGUGCCCACCUGCGCCACCUGGGCGUCAGCGACCCGGAUGCCAAGGGAUCCCCCAUAGACGUGCUCCACGGGCUCAUCAGGAGGGACGGCAUCCAGAUCCGCCUCCCACCCGGGCAGGGAGCCCUGGCCCAGCUGGGGCGGCCUCCUUCUGCCUCCACAGCCCUCUCCUUGCUCCCUUCCCCACCGCCGGCCAAGAAGGCCAAGCUGAAGGCCUCGGGUAUGGCCAGCCCCUGGGGGAAGCAGGACCUCUCGGCCGCCGGCAUUUUCUGGGCCUCUGAUGUGGAGCCAUCUCCUCUCAACCUCUCUUCAGGCCCAGAGCCAACAAGAGAUAUCCGCUGCGAAUUCUGUGGUGAGUUUUUUGAGAACCGAAAGGGCCUGUCUAGCCACGCGCGCUCCCACCUGCGCCAGAUGGGUGUGACUGAGUGGUAUGUGAACGGCUCACCCAUUGACACACUGCGGGAGAUCCUGAAGAGACGGACCCAAUCCAGGCCAGGUGGACACCUCCACCCACCAGGGCCUAGCCCAAAAGCCCUGGCCAAGGUAGUGGGCAGUGGAGGUCCUGGCAGCUCACUAGAAGCCCGCAGUCCCUCGGAUCUUCACAUCUCACCCUUGGCCAAGAAGUUGCCACCACCACCAGGCAGUCCCCUGGGCCACUCACCGACUGCUUCUUCUCCUCCCACGGCCCGCAAAAUGUUCUCAGGCCUUGCUACGCCCUCCCUGCCCAAGAAACUGAAGCCUGAACAAAUGAGAGUGGAGAUCAAGCGGGAGAUGCUGCCAGGGGCCCUUCAUGGGGAGCCUCACCCAUCUGAAGGUCCCUGGGGUGCGCCUCGAGAAGAUAUGGCACCUUUGAACCUGUCAUCCCGAGCAGAGCCAGUGCGUGACAUCCGAUGUGAGUUCUGUGGUGAGUUCUUCGAGAACCGCAAGGGCCUGUCUAGCCAUGCACGCUCCCACCUGCGCCAGAUGGGUGUGACUGAGUGGUCUGUCAAUGGCUCGCCCAUUGACACACUGCGGGAGAUCCUGAAGAAGAAGUCCAAGCUGUGCCUCAUCAAGAAAGAGCCUCCAGCUGGAGACCUAGCUCCUUCCCUCACUGAAGAUGGCUCCCCGACAGCAGCUCCUGGGGCUAUGCAUUCCCCACUGCCUCUGUCACCCCUGGCUAGCCGGCCAGGAAAACCAGGAGCUGGGCCAACCCAGGUUCCCCGGGAGCUCAGCCUGUCGCCCAUCACAGGGGCUAAGCCUUCAGCUACCAGCUACCUGGGCCCAGUAGCAACCAAGCGGCCCCUCCAGGAAGACCGCUUCCUCCCGGCAGAGGUCAAGGCCAAGACCUACAUCCAGACUGAACUGCCCUUCAAGGCAAAGACUCUCCAUGAGAAGACCUCCCACGCCUCCACCGAGGCCUGCUGUGAGCUCUGUGGCCUUUACUUUGAAAACCGCAAAGCCCUAGCCAGCCAUGCAAGGGCGCACCUGCGGCAGUUCGGUGUGACGGAGUGGUGUGUCAACGGCUCUCCCAUCGAGACUCUGAGUGAGUGGAUCAAACACCGGCCGCAGAAAGUGGGUGCCUACCGAAGCUACAUCCAGGGUGGCCGCCCCUUUACCAAAAAGUUCCGCAGCGUUGGCCAUGGCCGUGACAGUGACAAGCGGCCACCCUUGGGGCUGGCACCUGGGGGCCUGUCCCUGGUUGGCCGAAGUGCUGGGGGUGAACCGGGGCUUGAAGCUGGCAGGGCAGCUGACAGUGGUGAACGGCCUCUGGCAACCAGCCCACCUGGGACUGUGAAGUCUGAAGAACACCAGCGGCAGAACAUCAACAAAUUUGAGCGCCGGCAAGCCCGCCCCCCGGAUGCUUCAACAGCUCGGGGUGGUGAGGAGGCCAAUGACCUGCAACAGAAGCUGGAAGAGGUUCGGCAACCCCCACCCCGGGUCCGGCCAGUCCCCUCCCUGGUGCCUCGCCCCCCCCAGACAUCACUGGUCAAGUUUGUGGGCAACAUCUAUACCCUCAAGUGCAGGUUCUGUGAAGUGGAAUUCCAUGGCCCACUCUCCAUCCAGGAAGAGUGGGUGCGGCAUUUACAGCGGCACAUUCUGGAGAUGAACUUCUCCAAAGCAGACCCUCUGCCUGAGGAGCCCCAGGCCCCACAGGCACAGACAGCAGCUGUAGAGGCACCCUAACAUACAAGCAUUCCAGAUCCCCUUUUGUGCCACCUGUCCCUUCCCAUUUCUCCUCUGUAUCCCCCC